AUGUUUCUCAAUCACCUCAAACUCGCCUUCGGUGCCGUUUUAGCUACUGGCUCUGGCACUCUUGCGACAAAGCCCGACGUCUACGACUAUGUCAUCAUCGGCUCUGGUCCAGGAGGAGGUUCUCUUGCUGCCAAUCUAGCUAGAGAGGGUCACUCCGUCUUCCUCAUCGAAGCCGGAGGCGACAAUCAUACCAGCAUUCUUCAACAGCUUCCAGCUCUUCUAAGGUCUCGAACUGCUGCCGAGACUCCCGGCCAUUCUUGGCAGUUCUUUGUCAAUCAUUACGAGGACUUUGACGCGGCUCGCCGUGAUCCCAAGUACACUUAUAUCCAGACCAAUGGCUCGUACUACGUUGGCCUUGAUCCGCCCGAGGGUGCUAGACCUGCCGGUUUGUACUAUCCUCGUGGCUCAACCCUCGGCGGCAGUGCGCAAGUCAAUGCCAUGAACUUUGCCUGGUGUCCUGACAACGAGUGGGACUACAUCGCCAAUCUCACGGGCGAUGCCUCCUGGGGCCAUGAGCACAUGCGUCGGCAUCUGAUGAAUCUCGAGAACUGCACCUACGUCCCUGAGGGUACUCCUGGUCAUGGCUUUGAUGGCUACCUGGUGAACGACCAGAGUAACGCAACAGUCAACAUCGGAUCCCCCAAUGUCGCCAACUUCUUCUCCCAAAUGUUCCACGAGACCGAAGGCUUCGAUGUCGAAGAUCCCGCCGAGAUGACCGAGCUUCUUCUCCGCGACAUCAACGGUCCUGACCCACGUCGCUACGAAAACGGCCGCAUGUACAGCACACCCGUGGCAAUCGAUCCCAGCACAGCUGCCAGAAGCGGUGCUGGUAUCUACAUCAACCAGGUCAUCGAUGCCGGACACCCAUUGACUAUCAGCUUCCACUCUUUAGCGACACGCGUUCUUACUAAACAGGGCCGCAACAAGAAGCCCCGUGCUUAUGGUGUGGAGUAUAUGGUUGGAGAGGGGUUGUACUCUGCUGAUGGGCGAUAUGAUCCUGAGCAGACUGGUGAGAUUCGGGAGGUCCAUGCCAAACAUGAGGUUAUUGUUUCUGGUGGUGCGUUCAACACUCCUCAGAUUCUUAUGCUGAGUGGCAUUGGGCCUCGUGAGGAGUUGGAGGCUUGGGAUAUUCCUGUUGUUGUUGACCUACCUGCUGUUGGCUCUAACCUGCACGACAACUACGAAGUUCCUGUCCAAAUCCGCGGUGAAGAGAACUGGCUAAUCCCACAAGAGUCUCCAUGCACUGGUACCUUCGACGACGAAGACCCCUGCUUCGUACUCUGGCGAGACGACGCUUCAGGACCAUACGCAUCACGCGACAGCAGCUACGGCGCCGUCUGGCGAAGCAGCCAAAGCUGGGACAAUGACUCAGACCUCAUGUUCCUCAGCAGUCCCGGCCUCUCAGGCUUGGUAGGCUUCUACCCAGGUUACUCAACCGGCGAGAGAGCAGGCAAUGAUCCCGCAGAGUGGAUGCACGCUGUCGUCAAGAUGCAGACCAGCAACAGCGCCGGCACCGUUCGACUCAACUCAUCCGAUCCUCGUAUCCGACCUAACAUCAACUUCAACUACUUCACCGAGUCAGCGGAGCGUGAUCUCGACGCUAUUGUUGAAGGAAUUGAGAUGCUCAAAAGGGCGUUUGACGCGACUGGUGUUCCGUAUACCCAGCUUAGUCCUGACCCUGAAAACUUGAGACAGAGUAUCCAAGACCUGGCUUUUAGUCAUCAUGCCUCAUCAACUUGUGCCAUCGGAGCUGAUGACGAUGAGGACUCUUGUGUUGACUCUAGGUUUCGCGUGCGCGGCGUUGAUAACCUACGCGUUGUCGACGCGUCUGUCUUUCCUCGAAGUCCUGGCGGUAUGCCUAAUGGACCGACUUGGACUAUUUCUCGCAAGGCAUUUGAGACUCUUUUGGAGGACAACCAUUAA